AUGCCUAUAGAUAGUAAUUUAAUGGUAUCAGAAAAUCCAUCCUUGGUUAAAAGAAAAAAUAUUACACCUGUCGGUGGUGGUACUACCUCUUUAAACGUUGUUUUAGGCUUACCUGGUCUAUUUUCUACUUUUUCAGAGGAUGAUUUAUUAAAAUUACGUAUCUUAUCGAUAGUAUUUGCAUUCAUUUCUUUAGUCACUGGGAUGGUCGGUUUAUUCUUAUUAUGGAAUAUCGAUAGGAGAAGGAAAUCAUUUAGACAUGAGUUAUUAUUAUACUUGAUCAUUUGCGAUAAUAUCAAGACUUUAAUCUCAGUCAUAUAUCCAAUGAUUCUGUUAAUACGACGUCAAGCAAGAGGUAUUCCUGCUUUAUACAACGUUUUAGGAUUUUUAACUGCAUUCGCUAUAGAAGGUGCAGAUUUCGCUAUUAUGGUCUUUGCUUUGCAUUUCGCUAUAUUAAUCUUCAAACCAAAUUAUAAAUGGAUUAAUAAGAGAACAAAUAACGUAGAGGGCGGUUUAUAUAAAUACAGGUACUUCAUUUGGUUGAUUGCACUUUUAACCCCAAUCGUUUUAGCAAGUUUAGCAUUCAUAGAUUUUAACGAAAUUUAUUUCCAAAUAGCAUACAAAUAUACAAAUAUCACUGAAGAUAACAAUUAUUUCGGUUUCGGUUUUCAAGCAAGAAAAGGUGGAUAUAAGCCUUUGGCUGUACAGUGUUAUUUACCUCCAGUGCCGUAUUGGUAUAAAUUAGCAUUAAGUUGGAUCCCGAGAUACGUUUUAAUCGUUAGUAUCUUUGGCAUCUAUAUUAGCAUCUACGUUUAUGUAUCAAGAGAAAGUUCGAAAAUUAAGAGAGAAAUUGCAGAAUUUGAACAUAAAAAUUUGACUCUACUAGGUGAAACCAUUAAAACAGAAGAAAAUCCUCGUUCUUUCAAAAAAAGUUUAAUUUCAGUUUUUAGACAUAUCCUAGGGUUCCUGUCAUUAUCUUUAUCGAUAGAUGAUGAUAAAGUUAGCGUAGACGAUUCAAUGAAUUCAAGAUUAUUGUCAAAAUUAUCAGAAACAAAAUUUCAAGCAAAUCAGAUCCUUAAAAACCCUAACAAUGAUCCAAAGGAUAAAGACCUAUAUGACAAUACCAACAAUACCUUUAAUGAUAUAAAUGGAAGCAUAGAAAAUUUGGAUACGUCCCAACUUUCAACCUUUACCCAAGGGAUUAUCAGUAACAACAUUCCUAAUAACAACAAUCAUCUUAAUGAUACUAUUAGUGAUAAUAUUCUUAACCGAAAUACUACAAUUGAUGUUCUAUUAUUUGAUGGCGAAGCAGAUUCAAACAGCAAUAAUAAUAAUAAUAAUAAUGACAAUAAUAACAAUAUCAUUUGCAGCGAUAUAAAUGAAUCUACUGUCAGGCAAGUGACAAAAAAUAACCACCGUGUCACAUUGAAUUCCGAAAUCUAUUCAAUGUCAUUUAGCGGCAGAUCUGAUUCAGGUGAAGGCACAACUGAUGAUUCAGAAGCUGUCAAAAAUAUAAAAUAUAUCUUUCAAAAACAAACGUAUUCAGCUAUGGUGAAACGUAGAAAACAGAUUCAAAGUAAUUUAAGAUCAAUUUUCAUUUAUCCAUGCUCGUAUAUUGCCCUUUGGAUCUUUCCAAUUGUAAUAGAUAUUACACAAUAUAGAUAUGAAAUUUCACACGGGCCAGUUAUAUGGCUUGCCUACAUUAGUACCAUCGUCACACCAUUGAGUUCAUUAGUUGAUACAUUUGUCUUAAGUUACAGAGAAAGACCUUGGCAACAUUCAUGGUAUCACAUUCAGAAAGAAGAAUUGAGAAGCAUAUAUUCUGUAAAAGGUCGUAUACCCGAGAAGGAUAUACGAGAAAUGUGUAAAAGUCAUAAUGGCCGCAGAGGUUGGUACUACCGUGGAGAACACGAGAGGAAAGAAUCGUGGUCUCGAAAGGAAGAAAGGUGGAAAAGAUGGUCCUGGCAUACAGUUCAAUUGUUUAAACGUCUUUUUACCUUUAGCUUUAAGUUCGGUAAAGCAAAUUCAGAAUCAAGAACAUCUGAUUUAGAAACUGAACGCUUUAGUGAUGUGCAUAAAAAUGGCAAAACCGAAAAUAUAACUUCAUUAAGCCGACCUUCAACUUUAGCUAGAAAGACUGCAAAUAAAAUUGAAGUGACAAAUGAAGAAUUAAAGGACUCAUACGAUGAUGAUUAUCAACAUAUGUCUAUAUUUUGGAAAAUUAUUCAUUCAAUUCCUAUGUUGGAAGGUAUCGACCUUGACGAAUUAAAUAGAGAGAUACAAAGUGAGUAUGCCAAAGCACAUGGUGGUAUUGUAAAUUUAGAAGCUGUAACCCAAGCACUUGCACCAUCUUCUAGUGGUGGAAUUUCUAAAUCAAGAACUAUGAACAAAGUUUCAGAUGUUAAUGGUAUCUUCUAUAUGUCUGGACAUGUAGAUGAAAACACGGACAAUCCAAGGAACCAAAUUGUGUUCACCGAUAUCGAAUUGAUUAAUGGUCAAGCUGUAACAAAUAUGGACUUUUCAGACGUCGUUGAAUCUUCUAAUAAUACAAAGGUUUUAAAAUCCAAGCAUAUCAAAAAGGAGGAUAACGAAAUGGACAUAUUGUCCUUCUUAAACGAAGAUUAUGGAGGUUCCUAA